GCAUCGAAUAUCUAGCCCACAAAACGGUGACGUCUAAACAAUGCCCUAAAGCAAUUCCAGUAGAUAAUGCUUGUGGAGUUCUGGUGCCUUCAAUUGAAAUAUCACACCCAGCAAAAAAUAGUCAAAAUGGCUGUAGCUUCUCUUGUAGAUCUAGAGUUCUUGCGAUCUCAGCCUCGUCCGGUUCCACAAAAUCUCAUCUCUUCUUGAAUGGAUAGUUUUGAUGCAAUCAGACAUUUGGAAACGAAGCUGAGAGAUUUAGAUCUCAAGGUUGAAGAAGAAAUGGAGUUCCAAGUAGCAGAUCUACGCGAGCAGGAAGAGGAUCUCAGAAUAGCUUGGCUUUCUCGUCAUAUUUUGCAGAAAGCAGUUGAAGAUGAGAUCCAGGAAGAGUUGGUUAAAGGAAGGAAGACUGUGGUUGAUGCUUUUUCAAAGUACGGUGAAGCUGCUUUUAUGAUGGGUGGUUCCUACCGGCAUGCUGACUUAAUGGUUGAGUUCAAGACUGUUAAGGAGAUGCAGAGUGGAAAUCCAUCCGAGCAACCACAAGUUUUUUUCAUUUUUGGUAUGGGAGGAAUUGGUUAUGGACUGCCGAAGGACUUGUAAAGGCAUAUGAGAGAUGAUGUCGAAGUUUGUUUCCCAAACUCAACACACUAGAUGAGUGGAAGAAUAUUGUUGAAGCUCUAAUUCAUCUUCCAACAAUAAUGCUCAAGAAUACUCUCAUUGAGUUACAAUCACUUGGCUCACAACUUGAAAGCUUGUUUUUUAUAUUGGGGUCUUUUUUAUAGGAGAAAGAGUUUUAUGAUAAUAAUCAUGCAAGGUUAUGGACUGCCGAAGGACUUGUAAAGGCAUAUGAGAGAUGGUGUCAAAGUUUGUUUCCCAAAUGAUUGAAAUGAUAGUAGAAUAUUGUUGAUUGUUCGAUCAAAUGCAUUUCUCAUAUCAAAAUGAGAGUUGGAGAUUUAUUUUAUGAAAAACAUAUAAAUCUUGGGAUCUAGAAUGUGGAGCAAUUGGGAGAUCAAUUGUUGAGAAAUGCAUAGAAUUGUCUUGGGCAAUUGUUGUAGUAAUAGGUUUAUUUUCCAAACUCAACACACUAGAAGAAUAUUGUUGGAACUCUAAAUUGUGUUCAACAAUUGCUAUUGAUGAAGAAUGUUCAAGAAUACUCUCAUUGAGUUAUAAUCACUUGCCUCAAUUUGAAAGCUUGUUUUUUAUAUUGGGGUAAUUUUUCAGAUGAUAAUGAGUUCUGGGUUGCUGAAUGACUUGUAAAGACAUAUGAGAAUAAGAGCUUUGAUGAAGUGGUUGACAUAAAACCUUAAUUCUUGUAAGUUUUUAUGAAAGAUGUGUUCCGUCUCAACUCAAAGUUUAAAAUGAUAAUUAACUUUGCAUUUGUAA